UGUUGCUGCUGUUGACGCUGUUGUAAGUGUUUGUUGUUAGUUUCCAAUUAUUAAUGGAAAAUGGCCAGAAAUGAAGCUAAAAUCGAGUGGUUGAGAGCGGUGUUCGAUGCCAAAGAUACACUUUUCGGACCGUUUUCAGAAAAAACGAGAUAACAGCCGGGCCAGCGGGAGUGGAACUACCAAAUUUACAAAUGUAGACGAAAUGGUGUACAGUAUCAUUGGGAAGGAGUCACCAACCCUGGUAGGGCUCCCUGUUGCAGAGUCUGGUGAAGUAGUUUUAACUGAAAUGUAUAGUAAUCAUUUAAAUUCGAUUGACAUCAAUGGCAGUAGACCAACUUCUACUAUCAACAUAGCACAUGGUGAACCAUCCAAUGCCUCUGCACUUGCCAAGAAGACAAGCACCAACCGGACUCCAGCCCUGCAACAAACAAGACUAAAAAAAAGAAUGCAAGAUCUCAAAUAUGAAAAAUAUUAUUUAAUGGUUAAGCUUUCAGAGAAAGAAAACUAUUUAAAAGAGUUGAAAAUAAAAAAAAUAGAAAAAGAACUGAAUAUAGAUUCCAAUGAAAGGGCCAAACGAGCCAACAGCAAUAACAACAACAGCAAACAAAUGAAUGAAGAUGCCAGCAGUAGUGAUGAAGAACAAUAUGAAGUUGACUAUUUAGAAGUAAUGGACGAUUCUGAAUAGUCAACUCCAUAUAAUUCUUCUUUUACAUGUUGAAAAUAGAGACAUUGUAUAGAUAUAAAUAUAAAAGAUUCUUAGGAGACACCUUUGCUGUAUCUGAUGGUGACUGUGCAGCCUGACUUUAGUGUCACAUCAGUAUUUUAUUUGAGUGUCUUUGAGGCGGUUUUGUUGGAGAAAUUAUCUCCGAGAUCUAUUACUUGUAUUUGUAAUUUUUAAGUUAACUAGAUGUGAAAUUAGUAUAUUACAAUGAUUAUUUUUUAUUGUU